CACCACCCAGCUACCCGGAGCUCUUCCCUAGGACCCAGCCUUUCUGCCCAAGCUGUGGUCAGCUCCUCCAGAGCAGCUUUCACUAGCCAUGGGAAUGGCCAGGAAAAGAAGUCUGUGGCCAGGGGUCUGGGGCGGUCUGGUGUAGAUAACUCCCUGGAAGAAGCUGCUACUGAGAACCGCGUGAAACCCUCACUUCCUCUGUGUAUGUAGCUUUCCAGCCACAAGCAGCCGAGCAGUGGGGCGGGCAGAAGAAGGCCCAGCCGCCAGAGCACCAGCCCAGCCAUGGCCUCUGAGCAGGUCCACCAAGUGCUGCAUGACUUUUCUGGGAUUGCUUCCUUCCUGGAAAACUACAGCGCUUGCUAUGACUUGGAAGAAGAUGAGAAUGACUCCUGCUGUGCUUCCCCACCCUGCCCACAGGACUUCAGCUUGAAGUUCGACCAGACCUUUCUACCAGCCCUGUACAGCCUCCUUUUUCUCCUGGGGCUGGUGGGCAACGGCGCCGUGGCGGCAGUGCUGCUGAGCCAGCGGGCGGCCCUGAGCAGCACUGACACCUUCCUGUUGCACCUGGCCGUGGCAGACACACUGCUGGUGUUGACGCUGCCACUCUGGGCAGUGGAUGCUGCCAUCCAGUGGGUCUUUGGCUCUGGCCUCUGCAAAGUGGCAGGUGCUGUCUUCAAUAUCAAUUUCUACGCGGGGGCCCUCCUGCUGGCCUGCAUCAGCUUUGACCGCUACCUGAGCAUAGUGCAUGCCACCCAACUCUACCGCAGGGGCCCACGGGGCCGUGUGGCCCUCACCUGCAUAGCUGUCUGGGGGCUCUGUCUGCUCUUUGCCCUCCCAGACUUCAUCUUCCUGUCAGCCAACUAUGACGAGCGCCUCAAUGCCACCCACUGCCAGUAUAACUUCCCGCAGGUGGGCCGCACAGCUCUGCGGGUACUGCAGCUGGUGGCUGGUUUCCUGCUGCCUCUGCUGGUCAUGGCCUACUGCUAUGCCCGCAUCCUGGCAGUGCUGCUGGUCUCCAGGGGCCAGCGACGCCUACGAGCCAUUCGGCUGGUAGUGGUGGUAGUGGUGGCCUUUGCCCUUUGCUGGACUCCCUACCACCUGGUGGUGCUGGUGGACACCGUCAUGGAGCUGGGGGCCCUGGCCCGCAACUGUGCCCGAGAGAGCCAGGUGGACAUAGCCAAGUCAGUCACCUCAGGCCUGGGCUACAUGCACUGCUGCCUCAACCCGCUGCUCUAUGCCUUUGUGGGUGUCAAGUUCCGAGAGCGUAUGUGGAUGCUGCUCUCACGCCUGGGCUGCCCCAAUUGGAGAGGCCUCCAGUGGCAGCCGUCAUCUUCCCGCCGGGAUUCAUCCUGGUCUGAGACCACAGAGGGCUCCUAUUCUGGCUUGUGAGGCUGCAAUGAGGGCUCUUGUUUAACUCCUACAGUCUGACUCUCCCCAUGUUCCUGUCUCCUCCCUCCCUUUCUGCUGGGACUAGCUCUGGCUUUCCCCACAGCCUGGCUCCUGGGAUUCACUGGCAGCUCCAGCAUCGCCCCGUCUCCUGGGAAGCCACCCUCCCAGCUCUGGGGGCUGCACCACUGUUGCUCCUUAGCUGCCAAGCCUCACCCUGCUGCUUCAGAGAUGGCUACCAAGAGCCCCAUUGCUCUUCUCAUUCAGAAACCAGAACUUGGCCUUCCCUGUGUGCAGGGUAAGGAGUGUAGAGGACACUGCCCCUGUGGGGCUGCUGCCCAGGUCUCCAGCUCAGCAGUGACUGUGGUCCCCAAGAUCUCUGUUCAUUUCUACUUUUGUCUAAAAUCCUGCUUAAACCUUUUAAUAAACAAG